GCUACGGUGGUUUCCAGGCGGAAGAUGGAGGGAUUAUUUGAAUUUGAUGUGGGGGUUUAGAAAUGAAAUGGUGGACAGGAGGGGCCAGAUUUAGAGCUACAGAAUAAGCUAGGGUAUAUGAGUUUCGUUGCAUUAGCGUUCUUGGACUUGGUGAAGGCAACGUUGUACGAGUAUGAGUGAAGCUCUAUCGGCAUUUCUAGCAUCCUUGGGUGAUGAGGCUAAGGUUGGGUCAACAUCCCAGGAUGGUGUACUAGGUCACGCAACUCAACAACGCAAUGGCAACAAGAAUAUAGAAGUGGCUGCCGGAGAAAGGGACGAACGAAUUAUACCGUUUCGUCUUGAGCUGUCAUUACGCGGAUCUACUUCUUCUAUCUCAGCUGCUGAAACUGCAGAAUUCGUGCGGAAGUGGGUGAACUUGCAAUUGAUACUGCAAAAACGAGUACGCGAUGUCUGCAAUAGUUUUUUGGCCUAUACGAAAGCUAAUCCAGUUUCUGUGGCAAGUGUGGGUCUUCGAAUGCGCUUGAUUGCAGACGAAAAACGACUCUUCGCUGAGCACCGAGAUCAUUGGGACAAUCUGGCACAGGGCUUGACGCAACAAGUGGAGCUACUGCGAAAAUACACGGAAGCGUGCUUUAAUUUGGUUCAUGUUGACCGUGGCCUCGAGCUCGACGAUGAAGGUGCCGAAAAUUUUAGCAGGAGCACUGAAAUUCUAGCAGCGCUAGGGAGACUCGAAGCACGGUUACGGACAGAGCUUAGUAGAGAUAGACCGGCCGACGUCAGGUCACCACUCGUCGAAGAUGAGCUCGGCCACCUCAGCUUUAGCACGACGCAAACGGAGUCACAGGAGUUCGUGUCUGAAGAAUCCCAGUCACUUCAACAGCAUCUCGAUCUCGUCCCCAUCAAACUUCUCAACGCUUUGUGGAAAUCGAUCUUGUUAAGGGAGACGCUUUUGCAGCGGCUACACGAAGUUUUCGUACUUUACGCCGACGUCGAUCUUGAGCCGUGUAAGAGGGCGAUCCAACGCUGUGUCGUCAUAUGGAUGGAGGACCCCUUUUCAGAUGAUGUUAUAGACACAGACGAACGAAGGUUGAAAAACAUCGUUGUAACACCUACAUGA